GUUCGCUCAUUUCCCUCUCAACUCCAAAUCCAAACCCAACCAGCUCUCUUUACUUUUCUUUUUACAUAAUACUCUAUUAUUAUAGGCUACACCUCUCCGCUUUUAUUUCUUGGUCUGCCAUUAUUAUCAUAUUUAUUUCCCCUCCCCAUCUUCACUUUUCUUUUAAACUUCCCUCAUUUUCUUCACACUUUCUUUGCAAAUGGGCUGCUGCUAAAAAGUCUUCUGCUUUUCUCACCAUGAUCAGUGCAACAGACCUCUACCAUGUUCUCACAGCAGUGGUUCCACUCUAUGUGGCCAUGAUCUUGGCUUAUGGCUCUGUCAAAUGGUGGAAAAUCUUCACCCCUGAUCAGUGCUCAGGGAUCAACAGAUUUGUUGCUCUCUUUGCUGUUCCUUUGCUCUCCUUUCACUUCAUUUCCACCAACAAUCCUUACGCCAUGAACUACAGGUUCAUUGCAGCUGACACUCUUCAGAAAGUCAUUGUCUUGCUGGUUUUAGCUGUGUGGUCGAGGUUUAGCUCCAGGGGCUCUCUUGAAUGGUCCAUCACUCUCUUCUCCCUCUCCACACUUCCCAACACUCUUGUUAUGGGCAUCCCUUUGUUGAAGGGUAUGUAUGGGAACGAUUCAGGGAGUCUUAUGGUCCAAAUAGUUGUGCUUCAGUGCAUAAUAUGGUACACUUUGAUGCUUUUUCUGUUUGAAUUUAGAGGAGCUAGGCUGUUGAUUGGGGAGCAGUUUCCUGAUACUGCUGGCUCUAUUAUCUCCUUCAGAGUUGAUUCUGAUAUCAUAUCUUUAGAUGGUAGAGAGCCGUUGCAAACUGAAGCUGAAGUUGGUGAAGAUGGUAAGCUUCAUGUUACCGUUAGGAAAUCAACUAGUUCAAGAUCAGAAAUCUUCUCUAGGAAAUCACAUGGUCCUAACUCUGGUCUUUCAUUGACUCCUAGACCCUCUAACUUAACCAAUGCAGAGAUUUAUUCUCUUCAAUCUUCAAGAAACCCUACCCCUAGAGGCUCAAGCUUUAACCAUACUGAUUUUUACUCCAUGGUUAAUGCCAAGAAUGCCACUAAUGUUAGCCCUAGACAGUCCAACUUUGGUAACUUGACAUUUGAUGAAGAAAAUGCAGUGUUUGCAAAUGUUCCAAGGACUAAUGGAACUGCUAAUUAUCCUCCUCCUCCAAAUGCUGGGAUAUUCUCUCCCGGAGCGAAGAAGAAGCCCGAAAAUGGCAAGGAUUUGCAUAUGUUUGUGUGGAGUUCUAGCGCUUCUCCUGUAUCUGAAGGCGGGAUUCAUGUCUUUAGAGGGCCUGAUCAUGGUAUUGACCUUAACGGGGUUGCUCAUCAGAAGGAUUAUGAUGAGUUUGGUCGGGAUGAGUUCAGUUUUGGGAACAGAGCUGCCCCGAAUGGAGCGGACCGGGAGGGUCCAGUGCUGUCCAAGCUUGGUUCAAGCUCAACAGCAGAACUACACCCAAAGAGUGGCGCUAAUGGUGAAGCAGGGCCUACUGCCAUGCCACCUACUAGUGUAAUGACAAGACUGAUUCUUAUUAUGGUGUGGAGAAAGCUUAUCAGGAAUCCUAAUACUUAUUCCAGUCUCAUUGGCCUUACUUGGUCUCUAAUUUGUUUCAGGUUCAAGGUGGAAAUGCCCGCAAUCGUUGCUCGUUCGAUAUCAAUCUUAUCUGAUGCUGGUCUUGGCAUGGCCAUGUUUAGUCUUGGCUUGUUUAUGGCAUUGCAGCCAAGGAUCAUUGCUUGCGGGAACACAGUCGCAACAUUUGCAAUGGCUGUUAGAUUCCUCACGGGUCCAGCAGUCAUGGCAGCAGCUUCGUACAUCGUCGGACUACGUGGAGUUCUGUUGCACAUAGCCAUAGUGCAGGCAGCUCUUCCACAAGGGAUUGUCCCCUUUGUCUUUGCAAAAGAAUACAAUGUUCAUCCUGACAUUUUGAGCACUGGGGUUAUAUUUGGGAUGUUAAUAGCUCUUCCUAUCACAAUGGUUUAUUAUAUAUUGCUUGGACUUUGAGGAUGAAGAGCAACUACAGAAGAGAAGAGUAGUUUAGUAGGGCUGUUUUUAUUUUGAUGGGAGUAGCAAUUAUAUGGAGUAAUACCCAUUCUGAAAGUGGGAUUUUUGAACCUUGUCUAACACAUUUGAAUAUGAUUGGUUCUUUUGGAGAAGCAACUAUGAGGAGUUGGAAGAAGUGAGCAAAGAGUAAAAUUUCUCACCCAACAAGAUUUGACAGAUUGGUGGCUUUAGGGCCUUUUUGUUGUCUUUUUGCCUUCUUUUUGUUCCUUUGAGGAUGACCCUUGCGCCCUGAGCUUUUCUUCUUUUUAUGAACAAUGGGAACCUUCAUUCUAAUUAAUUAAUUAAUUCAACAUA